AAACAUAUAUGUUUAUAUAAAUAUAAUCUCAUUGCUGCCAACUGUACAGCUCUCCCUUUGCAUUAACUAUAGACCAUCUUAAUUAGCACUCUUUUCAUUGUUCUUGCUGUGUGUUUCAGCUUCUGGGUUUUUCACUGUUGAAAAUUAUUAGCUUUAGGCAACCAUGAAUGCUCUUGCUGCAACUAACCGUAACUUUCAACUCGCAGCAAGGAUACUUGGGUUGGACUCUAAGCUUCAUAAAAGCCUUUUGAUACCCUUCAGAGAAAUCAAAGUUGAAUGCACAGUUCCAAGAGAUGAUGGUUCUUUUGUCUCUUAUAUUGGGUUUAGAAUCCAACAUGACAAUGCUCGUGGACCUAUGAAAGGCGGAAUUCGUUACCACCCUGAGGUUGAUCCUGAUGAGGUGAACGCACUUGCUCAGUUAAUGACUUGGAAGACAGCUGUAGCAAAUCUUCCAUAUGGUGGAGCGAAGGGUGGAAUUGGUUGUAAUCCUAGAGAGUUAACUGUAAGCGAACUACAACGAGUUACGCGCGUUUUCACUCAGAAGAUCCAUGAUCUUAUUGGAAUUCAUAGAGAUGUUCCUGCACCUGACAUGGGAACUAAUUCACAGACAAUGGCAUGGAUUCUUGAUGAAUAUUCAAAAUUUCAUGGUUAUUCACCUGCUGUUGUUACUGGAAAACCGAUUGAGCUUGGGGGUUCACUAGGAAGAGAAGCUGCAACUGGACUGGGAGUUGUUUUUGCAACUGAGUUUCUUCUUGAUGAAUAUGGAAUGUCUAUUGCUAAUAUGAAGUUUGCUAUCCAGGGAUUUGGUAAUGUGGGUUCUUGGGCAGCAUCAUUUAUUCAUCAAAAAGGUGGGAAGGUUGUUGCAGUUAGUGACAUAACUGGUGCAGUAAAAAACCCAAACGGAAUCGAUAUCCCAGCUUUACUGAAACACAAAGAGAAAGCUUAUAGUUUGAAGGAUUUUGAAGGUGGAGAUGCCAUGGAUCUAAAUGAUGUGCUUGUUCAUGAAUGUGAUGUUCUGAUCCCCUGUGCAUUAGGUGGAGUUCUUAACAAGGAAAAUGCUGCUGAUGUUAAGGCAAAGUUCAUCAUAGAAGCUGCAAAUCAUCCUACUGAUCCAGAAGCAGAUGAAAUUUUAUCCAGGAAAGGAGUGACUAUACUCCCAGACAUAUAUGCAAAUUCUGGUGGUGUGACUGUCAGUUACUUUGAAUGGGUUCAGAACAUUCAAGGAUUUAUGUGGGAAGAAGAAAAGGUCAACUAUGAGCUUAAGAGGUACAUGAAGAGAGCUUUCAAUGACAUCAAAGCAAUGUGCCAUACUCAUAACUGCAACCUCAGAAUGGGAGCCUUCGCCCUAGGAGUCAACAAGGUCGCUCGUGCUACGGUUUUGAGGGGUUGGGAAGCUUGAUAACCAAUCCUUCUUCUGUUCACUGUAAUAUAUUGCUUUUGUAAAUACCUGCAGGCUUUAUUUUGUACCUUGUUUCAAUGGAGUGUUAGUGACUUUUAACCUCA